UAUUUCCAGUUAACAGUUAUAAUACCACAACGCCUACCGAAACACCAGAUCCAUCGUUCAGCGCACAGCUGGCACCCUGCCCGAUUUGUUCGCGAACAUUUAACCCCGUAACGCUACGGAAACAUGUUGGCAUUUGUGAAAAAAUGGCCACCAAAAGGCGUAACAUUUUCGAUUCAUCACGGCAGCGUCGAGAGGGUACCGAAUUGGCCACAUAUCCAUUACCAAAGAAUUUUGGUUUACCCGAAAAGACUUCGUCGAGUACGACAACAUUGACAAGGACGAAAAGUGAAAGGGGUCAGUCGCCAAAUCCAUUGCAACAGGUCGCCUCUCCCAUAAUGCAGCGCAAAAAGCCCACAGAAGAAUUUGUACGCUCCACCGCCCGUGCCUCAAUGCGUAAGCUAUCCACCUCUUCGGCCACCGAUGGCAUGACAACAUCCAGCAAUUUUAGUCGUGAUCGUUUACGUUCCUCAGAACGAUCACUGACACGUCGUGGUCCCAUCCAGACAUCGGUACCCUCUGAACAAUGUCCCCACUGUGAUCGUUGUUUUGGCCUAAAAGCUUAUGAUCGUCAUGUGGAAUGGUGCAAAGAAAAGGCUCUCCAGGAUUCCAUUAAGAAACAAGCCUCAAGUAAAUCAGAAGAGAAUGCUGCAAAAGCACGCCUGGAGGCGAGAACGAAAUAUAAAGCACCGUGUUUGAA